UUAAAUUUAAUAUAUUCGUACACGAGUGCAAGGAAAAUCUUUCGCAAGGAUUCGCAGUUCAAUUUUGGGACUUUUUCGAAGAUCUGAAGCCCAGCUCUAGAGAGAGAAAUCGAAUAAUUUUAUGCGAGUGAUGAUAGAAUCCGAGUGAUAUUAAUUUUGUUUUUUUGUUUUUUUUUUAAUCUUCUCCUAAUUUUUUCCGGCAUUAAAAGUUGGCGUGAUUUCUGAAUUUUGAUCAUAAUCACACGCAUGUGUAUUGAGUGGGGGGUAGCAAUUUAAAAUCGGAAUCCAAACCACAAAUUCCACAAUACAAUCCUCGUAUUGAGCACACAGUGUUGGUGUAAAUUUCUCGAGAAAUCGAUGCCGGGAAAUCGGAAAUUUUCGAGGAAUGGUUCGACGUCGGACAGAGUUGACGUUGAUUUUGGCAGAGGCAAUGAGAAGGCUAAAGGUAGAAGAGAGUGAUGAUAAUGGUGGAGCGGGUGAUGAGCUGGGAUCCUACCCGGAUCGACCGGGCGAACCCGAUUGCAUAUACUAUUUGCGGACAGGGUCUUGUGGUUAUGGGAGCAAUUGUCGUUUUAAUCACCCCUCUAGUGCAGGACAAGUUUAUGGUGUUAAAACCAGCAGUGAACUUCCUGAGAGGGCUGGACAACCAGAUUGUGGGCACUAUCUAAAGACGGGCACCUGCAAGUAUGGGUCGACCUGUAGAUAUCAUCAUCCCAAGGAUAGACAAGCUGAUUUCUUGUUGAAUAUGUUGGGCUUACCAAUGCGUCAGGACGCGAAGCCCUGUCCUUUUUAUAUGCGCACGGGGUUAUGUAAAUAUGGAUAUGCUUGCAAGUUCCAUCACCCCCAACCUACAUUAGCGGCUGCGAAUGUCUUACCUGUAGUGGGACCCGUCUAUGGUUCAGGCGGCUCUGCAGUCGUUCCUUCAUCUGGUGCAUCAUCUGCAAGUGUUGCAAGUGUUUCAGCAGCAUCCUUAUCAAAGGCAACUUAUUUUGCUAGCUCUCUCCAAGUUCCACAGAGCUACAUGCCCUUAUUUCUACCUCCAUCACAAGGAUGGAACACAUAUAUGGGAGGCGCCAGUCCGUUAUCUGUCACCAGUGUCCUCACUGGACCAGUAUCGAACGGGCAGCUGUCUUAUCUUCCCGAAAGACCAGAUCAGCCAGAAUGCCGAUAUUUCAUGGAACACGGGAGUUGUAAAUACGGAUCCGAGUGCAAAUAUCACCACCCCAGAGAAAAGCUCUCACAAUUAGUUUCAACUUCUCUCGGCCCACUCGGGCUUCCUCUACGACCUGGUCAACCCGUAUGUUCGUAUUACAGCCUCUACGGACUCUGCAAAUACGGCCCUACCUGCAGAUUCGACCACCCGAUGGACGGGCACAACUACGCGUACAGCCUGAGUGUCCCUCCUCCGGCCUUUGCUUACUCUUCUCCGGCCCCAUAUCAGAGAACAACGUCCCUGAUGCCCGUAGCCGACGCCUCCCCCACCAAAUCAUCCAAGUUGAGUGACUGGAUCAAGAAGGAAGCAACUGUCAGCGACAAGCAUCUUCAGAACUCGAAUACCAAGAGCGUUGGGGAGUCGCUCGACCAGUCUGAUUCCCUCCCGCACUCGUCGAAGGCCUCGUCCGAGGUUCAUCACGACGAGUCCGACUGACGUGCUGUCGAACAGCCGCCUGUAACCACCCGCCACCACCUACUUUGUGAUGGUCUAUUUUUGGCUGAUCUCUUUUCUUGAACUCUUACCUUUUGAAAGUGGAUGCUACUGUUAAAUUUAUUUUCAAGACUCAAACAGAUCUUUUUCUUUUUUAUGCCAAUAUUUCUUGGGUUUUGUCUUAA